GUCACCCUGCAGAUCGAUGGCGUGCUCUACCUGCGCGUCAUGGACCCUUACAAGGCCAGUUACGGGGUGGAGGAUCCCGAGUACGCAGUGACCCAGCUGGCCCAGACUACCAUGAGAUCUGAGCUGGGCAAACUCUCCCUCGACAGAGUCUUCCGGGAGCGCGAGUCUCUCAACGCCAGCAUUGUGGAUGCCAUCAACCAGGCUUCAGACUGCUGGGGCAUCCGGUGCCUGCGCUACGAGAUUAAGGACAUCCACGUGCCCCCUCGCGUGAAGGAAUCCAUGCAGAUGCAGGUGGAGGCGGAGCGACGGAAACGGGCGACAGUGCUGGAGUCGGAGGGGACGCGGGAAUCUGCCAUCAACGUGGCCGAGGGGCAGAAGCAGGCCCAGAUCCUGGCGUCGGAAGCGCAGAAGGCCGAGCAGAUCAACAAAGCUGCCGGAGAGGCCAACGCCAUGCUGGUGAAGGCCCGGGCCAAGGCGGAGGCUAUUCAGCUGCUGGCGGCUGCUCUGGCGCAGCAGCACGGCAGCGCAGCCGCCUCUCUCUCCGUGGCCGAGCAGUACGUGAGCGCCUUCUCCCAGCUGGCCAAGGACUCCAACACGCUCCUGCUGCCCGCCAGCACUGGCGACGUCUCCAACAUGGUCGCGCAGGCGCUGGGCAUCUACAGCACGCUGACCAAGCCGCAGGCCGCGCGCGGCCGGGCCGAGCAGCCGCCGGCCCCCGGGGACGUGCAGGCAGCCGGCGCGGAGGUGCCCAAGGCGGAGCAGGAGGACUCCAGCUAGCAGGGCUGGGGCGACACUGGACACUGGACACCCCCAGGGCGGGGAGCCUGAGCGCAGUGCCUGCCCUGCGGCCGGGCAUCCUGUUCUGCUGCUGCCUUCCCCACCCAGACACUUCUGUUUCUGGUUCUUAUUUUGUAUUUGGA